GUGGAUGGAUCCGCUCCCGCCCCUCUCGUAGUGCUGAAAAAAGAUGCGGCCGAAAAAAAUCGCAUUGCCUCUCAUCCUUACCCUAUCCCCUCUCAUCCUUAUCUUGGCGGCGGAGGCAAGUGAAAGGAAUGGCGUAGGCGCAGGCGAGCGGCCGUCCAGUCACGCGGGCAGCAGGGCACAGGCGAGAGGCCGUCCAAGCGAGCGGUCGACCAAGCGCUCCAACCAGCACCGGCAGCAGCACGGCAACACCGUCCAGGCGAGCAACCGUCCAAGAACAGGAACUUUUCUACGCACAACACAGUCCAAGAACCGCCUUGUGGCUGAAGGGAUCAGGACAUCAACAGGCUUCAAGAAAGUUCACCUUAACAUGUGUGCUAAGGCUCUAAAUGACUAUUUCAAGAUGAAUCUCACUGUAGAACAAGUGCAGAACCAUUUGAGGACAUGGAAGAGAAGAUAUGCGAAGAUAAACAGACUUAGGAAGUUAAGUGUUGCUUCUUGGAACGAAGAUAACUACAUGCUCACUCUUGAUCAUGAACAUUAUGCAAACUAUGUGCAGGAUCACAAAUCUGAUGCUGAGUUUUUAAACAAGCCUUUGGAGAACUAUAAGUAAAUGUUCACUGUCUUUGGAAACAAUAUGGCUACAGGAAAGUAUGCAGAAGGAUCAAGUGAAGCUCUAGGGACUGAAGAUGGAAACAGUAUGGCUGAAACAGAGAUUGAUGAGGGAGAUGGUAAUGUUGUUCCUAGUCCUAUAGAUGAUAUUGGGACUUCAUCCUCAACUCCUAGACCUAGGAAGAAG